AUGGUACAGUUUGCUGAACUUACAAGGCUGUGUCACACAUUUUUGCAUGUAAAAAACCUUCAUUGGAUCGUUGUUGAUGACGUUGAUUUUCAGUCGGCAGAUCUUGAAGUAUUUCUGAGAAAAUGUGGAGUUCCUUUCACGUUGCUUUCGGAAAGGACCCCUCCAGAUCAAGUCCUUCCACCUGGUCAACCUAGGUGGCGAUAUCCACGAGGUGUUGUCCAACGUAAUCGUGGACUGCAAUGGCUUCGCGACAAUUUAAGACUCGGUGUUAAUAAGGGUGUUGUUUACAUAGCCGAUGAUGACAACACAUAUUCUCUUCGUCUUUUUGAUGAAAUCCGCACAACAAAACGCGUAUCAACAUGGCCUGUCGCCCUCGUUGGUCGGCUGCAAUGGGAAGGAUGUGUCACAAAGUCGGAUAAUCCAAAUGUAGUCGAUAAAAUGCAGGCCAUUUUCAAGCCUUGGCGAGAAUUCCCCAUUGACAUGGCUGGUUUUGCUGUCAAUUUGGAUCUUAUUCUCUCUCAUCCUGAUGCCAAUUUCUAUGCUAAUCCUGAGUUCUUUGGUACACUGGAAACUAAUUUCCUAAAGGAUCUUGGUCUCAAAAAUUUCACAGAACUUGAACCAAAAGCUGAUGGUUGUAAAAAAACGGUUCCUUAG